AUGGGCGUCUACGUCGUGACAGGCACAAGGACCGGUAUCGGGCUGGAAUACGUCCGCCAGCUGGGCCGCUCCCAAGCCAACACAGUCGUCGCCAUCGUGCGGAAGCAGCAAGGGAGCGACCUCUCGGCCCUCCGCGCCGUCCGAGACGCCUCGGAGGGCGCAGUCCACAUCGUCGAAUGCGACGUGUCCUCCGAGACGUCGGUCGCCGGCCUCGCCGCGAGCAUCGAGGCCGCCAUCGGCGCAGGAACCCGCGUCGACGUGCUCAUCAACAACGCGGCCGUCCUGCACGCGCGGGAACAGACGAGCCUGACGGCGACGCCCGAGGCCAUCGCGUCGCACGUCAACACCAACGUCGUGGGGCCGGCGCGCGUGCUGCAGGUGUUGCUGCCGCUCCUCGCGCCCGCGGCGGCGGUGGUGGCCAACAUCAGCUCCGGGCUCGGCAGCCUCAACAAGUUGUCGGACGGGCGCAUCCCCGCGGUGAUCACGCCGUAUAGCAUCAGCAAGGCGGCGCUGAACAUGCUGACGGUGCAUCAGGCGAAGCAUCUCGCGGACAGGGCCAUCGUGGUGGCGAUCGACCCGGGCCACGUCAAGACGGAGAUGGGCGGGCCUGAGGCGGUGCUCGAGAUCGAGGAUAGCGCGAAGGGAGUGUUGGGCGUGCUCGGCGGACUGAAGCAGGAGGAUACGGGCAAGUUUUUGUUGUAUAACGGGACGGAGCUGGAGUGGUAG